AUUUUUUUACUCGUGACAGGGCAAAACAAAGAAAGUUAUGUCGUCAUGACGAUAUGCAAAAUCAGCACGUGAUAGAAGACUAAAAAACCAAAGCAACCAGGAAAUCGUUCAUUAUUGCCUCCCUCUACAGACGACCAAAAGUGCAGCUGCAAAGGCCAUGAUGCUCCAGAUCUUGCUGUUGGUUGUGUGUUGUAGCACAGCACUGGCCUAUUUCAGCACCAACCUAGACCAGCACUGGGAGCUGUGGAAGAAGACCCAUAAAAGGUUUUACUCCAGUAAGGAUGAGGAGCCUGGAAGGAGGGAGUUGUGGGAGAGAAACCUUGAACUUAUCACCCGUCACAACCUGGAGGCUUCCAUGGGUCUGCAUUCAUAUGAACUGGGCAUGAACGAAAUGGGUGACAUGACAGCUGAGGAGAUUCUGGAGUCAUUAGCCUCGACUCGUGUCCCUCCUGACUUUAAAAGGCAAAGAAAUUCUAAAAGCUCUUCUAGACUUUCUGUCCUGUCUAAAACUCCUGUCCCAGACUCUCUGGACUGGAGAGAAAAGGGAUAUGUCACCAGUGUAAAGAACCAGGGUGCAUGUGGUUCAUGUUGGGCGUUCAAUUCUGUCGGGGCUCUUGAAGGUCAGUUGAUGAAAACCACAGGAAAGCUGGUGGACCUCAGUCCUCAGAAUCUGGUGGACUGUUCCUCCAGUUACGGCAACAAGGGCUGCAAUGGCGGUUUUAUGAGUUCUGCCUUCCAGUAUGUUAUUGAUAAUGGGGGAAUAGAUUCCGAGUCAUCAUACCCUUAUGAAGGAGUGCAAGGGCAGUGCAGAUACAAUCCAUCCCAGCGUGCAGCAAACUGCACCAAAUACUAUUUUGUCAGUCAGGGAGAUGAGGAGGCCCUGAAGCAGGCUGUUGCCAACGUCGGACCCAUUUCAGUGGCCAUCGACGCCACCCGCCCUCAGUUUAUCCUGUACCGUAGUGGAGUUUACAAUGAUCCAUCCUGCACCAAAGAUGUAAACCAUGGAGUUUUGGUUGUGGGAUAUGGUACGAUGACUGGACAGGAUUUUUGGCUGGUCAAAAACAGUUGGGGUACUGGAUUUGGAGAUAGUGGCUACAUCCGUAUAGCCAGAAACCAGAACAACAUGUGUGGCAUCGCCUCGUAUGCCUGCUAUCCAACUAUGUAGCAGAAAUCCUUUUAAAGAUAUGAAUAUAUCAAAAUAAGAUUCAAGAUUUCUUGUUUUAGAAUCUCUUGUCUUAAUUGUAAAUGUGUUAAAUAUGUUUUCUCCCAACUCAGUUGUCUUAAACAUUGUCUUAAAAAUGCCCUAAUAUGCAUGUCUUAAAUAAAAUGAUCAAUAAAUGCAAAUUUUUAGCUCACUGA